UCUCGCGCUUCCCACCCCGCUUUGGUCUGCAGCGCCCGGCGCGAUGAGCCACCUGCGGGCGGCCGCCGCCGGGUGGGUGGAAGGCGGCAGGGACUUGGGGGCCCCGCAGCAGCUGGAGCAGACUCUCCUAGGGCAGGAGCAUCCUGGUUGCGGUUUCCCCCCCGCCUGGCUGGGCAUGUGCUGCCCGGCACGCGUCUCCGCAGCCGCCGCUGCCUCCCCCAGAUACCUGCUGCCCGGAGCAGCAGAGGAGGAGGAGGAGGAGCCGCUGGAGGCGGGGGGAGCCGAGCAGCACCUGGGCGGCUGCAGCAGCAGGAGCGGCCCCUCGGGGAAACUGUGCAAGCUGCCAGGGGGCGUCCCGUCGGCGGAGGGGGUGUCGGACUGCGGCAGGCAGCGCGCCCCGUCCGGGGGGCUCCGGCAGCAGGUGAGCGGCGUGCAGAAGCAGCGGCGGCUGGCGGCCAACGCCCGGGAGCGGCGGCGGAUGCACGGGCUGAACCACGCCUUCGACCAGCUGCGCAAUGUCAUCCCCUCCUUCAACAACGACAAGAAGCUGUCCAAGUACGAGACCCUGCAGAUGGCGCAGAUCUACAUUAGCGCGCUGGCCGAGCUGCUGCACAGCCCGGCCGCACCCGCCGACACCCCGGGCAAGGGCGAGCACCGCUCCCCGCCCCACGAGUCAGCCGGAGCAGAGGCCGGAGCUGCAGGGCAAGGACAGGGGCAGCAGCAGAGACCCUCGCCCUCCGGCCACUGCAGGACUCGCUUCCCCCAGCAGCCGGCUGCGGGGGGCUACUCGGUGCCGCUGGACCCUCUGCACUUCUCCUUCCAGGAGAGCGCCCUGAUGGCACAGAAAGCCCCAUCUCCGGCCCUCCUGGGGCAGCCGCAGGAGAGGAGCAAACCAUCGCCCAGGUCCCACAGGAGCGAUGGAGAGUUCUCGCCCCGCUCCCACUACAGUGACUCUGAUGAGGCCAGCUAGGGAGGGAGCCCAGCAGCACCACGGGGGCGACAGGGGCAGAGCCACAACCAGAGCUGUCCCAGUCUGCGGGGGGCGGGAGGGGGCCGCUAUGACUGCUGAAAACUUUGCCAUAUAUCUGCUUCCUCUGUUCAACAGCCUUUUGUGGUCUAAGUUCAAAAUAUCAUCAGUUCCUUUUAGCUUAUGAAUCUCCAGCCUUCUAUUUGGUUGGUCUAUGGAAAUGACUAUUUUGUGAUUCAAUGUCCCCGCUAUCCACUACCCUGUUUCCCUUUCUUUGCAUAGGGAUUGUUAUAGUUUCUCACCCCACCGCACCCCGCUUCCCCAACCAACGUGCUGCCUUGUAGUUCGGAGCUUCACUUGCAUUGCUAGCGAAUAGCAAAUGCACUGUGAACACUUACCUUGCUAAAAUUGAGUUACCGUUUAUGGAUGCCAUGGGCAUCCUUCUGUGUCUGCACAAAUACUUACACAAAAGUCUUCCGAAAUGCCGGUCCUGUAUCCGAAUUUUAUUGUUAUGGAAACAAACAAAAAGAUUGUAAAUAGUAUACUUCUGUGCUGUAAAUACCAGAGAAAAGGCGGAUUUUUAAAAGUCCCGUGUUAAUGUUGGCAUCUUUUGGGGAAACUUGGCGCAAGCACUUUAUCAGCGGCUGGAGAUGCGGCUUCAAGAGGAAAGCAACUAACUGCCAAUUGGAGACGACGAUUAUUUAAUUUAGCCACUUAUACUCCUUAAGCUCUUCAAGUGUCAAAGUUUUAUGUGAAUUUUAUUUUGCUUUUUGUGAUAUUAGGAAACUUAUUUAUUACGGAGUGUUUGCUAUUAUUUCUGCUUUUAUCUUUUUUAACUUUUCUACAAGAAUGUCCUGGUUUUUUUUAAUUUAGCAAAGCCAGCUGCCAUUGUUUUCUGUAAUUUUAAGAUCAAAUAAAUGAGGGGGGGGAUUGGUUAGACUAUUUUUCAGAAGCCAUAAUAAAAAAUAUACGGAACACUUGUAUUUCAAAACGAGUACUGAUCUCUUUAAAAGGGCGCUUUCUGAAUAUACUGAUAUACAACGCCAUGAGAUGGCUGGGUGAGUGCAUUUGAUUUAGAGUGCGUGGGUCUGUACGAUAUCAGAAUUUACACCACCUCUGGUUUCAAUUCUCUCACUGGCACCUGUGCGUGCAAAAAAACCAA